ACCCUGUUCAUCACACUAAUAUAUUUUCCCUUUCUCCAUUUUCCAGCUGCUCUGGGCGACUAUCUGCCCGUGGAUGCGGUGGUCAAUGCGCAGGGCCAGUGCGUGCUGGACAAGUGCCCCAAGCUGCGCUUCAUCCAGGGCCAACGGAAGUCGCUGCAGCUGGUCUAUGACAAAUAUGCCUAUGCCAAGAACAAUGAGCACGGCGCCACCACCUACUGGAACUGUCGCAUACGACGCACUGGAUUGCCGGCGUGCAAUGCCCGUCUCUCCACCACCAAGCUACCCAUGGGCAGCUACAAAGUGUGCCUGACACGUCCGCAGCACAAUCACCCGCCCUCCAGGCGCAUUGCUCGCAUGCUGGAGAGCCACAAGCCAUACGUCCGGUAG